GCCCACCGGGACAGGCCGGCAGCCGCUCUCCGCCGCCGCCGCGCCCUAGCCCGCUCGCCCCGCGCCCGCAUGGCUCCGCUGGCCGAGGUGGGCGGCUUCCUGGGCGGCCUGGACGGCCUGGGGCAGCCGGUGGGUGCCCACUUCUUGCUGCCGCCCGCCGGGGAGCGCCCGGCGCUGCUCGGGGACCGCCGCGCCCCGGCGGAGCGGGGGGAGCGCCGCGCCCCGGCUGCGGCAGCGGCGGCGGACCUGGCGCACUUGCAGGGCAUCCUGCGGCGGCGGCAGCUGUACUGCCGCACCGGCUUCCACCUGCAGAUCCUGCCCGACGGCAGCGUGCGUGGCACCCGCCAGGACCACAGCCUCUUCGGUAUCCUUGAAUUCAUCAGUGUGGCAGUGGGACUGGUCAGUAUUAGAGGCGUGGACAGUGGGCUUUACCUUGGAAUGAAUGAGAAGGGAGAACUCUAUGGCUCUGAGAAACUAACUUCUGAGUGCAUCUUCAGGGAACAAUUUGAGGAAAACUGGUACAACACUUACUCAUCCAAUGUCUACAAACAUGGGGAUUCAGGGCGGAGGUACUUUGUAGCACUUAAUAAAGACGGUACUCCCAGAGAUGGGGCAAGGUCCAAAAGACAUCAGAAAUUCACACAUUUCUUGCCCCGGCCUGUGGAUCCUGAAAGAGUUCCAGAACUGUACAAAGAUGUGUUAGGAUACAGCUGA